CAGAAGAUGAGAUAUGAACAUUUUUCUCCGAUUCCCUUAUUGUUCUCAUCUAUUCGAUAUUAAUUCAUAUAUUGGACGAUAUACUACAGUUUCAUUUUAUUUGCGAUCCUGCCCAAUUUUUUCGUACUGCCGAGUUUCCCGAUACAACCAACAAAAUUAAGGAUGCUGUCGAUUGCAAUCGCGGAAAAAAAUGAUCCAGGGAAAUUUCGAAUUUAUCGCUCUUUGAACUGUGAACCAUCAGAACCUACGAUUUGUUAUCGGUGUGUAAAGUGCGAGUCACUCCGAAAAAAAAGCUUUGGUGGUGCCCGAUCAAAACGUUACAAACCGUACGUAAAGACACUGCACGGGAAGCUAGUUGGAAAUGCACAUCCCGAGCAUUAUCCCAGCUGUCAUGCAGUAACGAAAGAAGUCCAAGAGCUGCAAGAAAUGGAUCGUGUUUGCCGAGCCAAGACUAGCUCCAAUCAUCCAUCGCUCAGAUUUCCACAAAAACUCAUGGAACAUGAAACUGAGGCGAGUUCAAAUAUCGAUAUGCAGUUAAACUACGAUUUAUGUAAGAGACCAAAACGAUUAAGUUUGGAUCACAACGUAGAUGAAAGUGAACUGUCAGAAACUGACUAUUUGUUGAGGUUUAUAAGCGAGGCAUGUAUCAGCAAUAUCACAGAAACAACAGAUAAUAGGAGUAUCUAUUCUGUUGGUACGUCGUCAUUCGACAGUACUGGUUAUUCUUCGCUGAUUGUACCAGAACCUGAUGGAAUGUCAGUAAGGAUUUAUAAUGGGGAUGACAAAUCAACUGUUCAGGGAGUGACACACUAUCACUGUUCCAGAUGUGACGACUUAUAUCAAAAAAAAGAUAACGAAUCCACACAUACUGUGCUGAAAGCAGAAAAUGAUUUAGUCGUUGAAUAUCCAGCACAUCAUGUGGAAUGUUCCCCAAUAGCAUUGGAAUCACUGAGAGAGUUGGGCGACGAUUUGAAAAAUUUCUGUGUCGUAGCAGAUCGUAGGAUUAUUCCGUUAAAAGCAGUAGUUGAAGCAGAAUGCAAUAUUUUUCGUGAGCCGAAUGAAAGCUUUCUCAUUGAUGGAUCCGAUAAGCAGAAUUGGGAUAGAACAAUUUUGGAUGAGGAGAUCCUUAUCAAUUCUACGUCAGUUCCGAAACUUCGGGGACGACGAUGCUUUUGCAGACGUCUUUAUGAGGAAAAUAUGAAAUUAUGCCAGGAAAUGUUAGAAAGUGUAGAGGAAAUGAGAUCAUUGUUCACAGAAAUGAAACGUAUUUCUGGUGCAAAUGCUGAAUAUUAUAUUGAGGAUGGGGAGGUGUUUGGCGAAAGGUGAUAUUACAUUCGAUGUUGUAGAUAAGUAACUUUUUUUUGUUAAUAGCUUUCAUAAAUUGUUUUGUAGGGAGAGCACUGCCAAAUAUUUUGUCUUGGGUACCAAUUUUCUGAUAAUGGAGGUGCUCUUGCGUUUAAGAAC